UCUUCUUGUGGGUUUUACUGUUGUCCAGCCAUCCUUUCACCUUCCCAACACUCUCAACCGACCGUUCCUCACCCUAUUACCGCCGCUCUUAUUGUCCAACACCUUCCAACCACCCCUCCGCCUUCCUCCAGUCACCUAUGACUCUUCAUACUUGUUGUCCCUGCGAUCAUGCACCUUUUCCUUGGUGCCAUCAGCAUUUGUUUGCUGCCGCCACUCCCACUAGCCAUCCCGACCCACCUAGCCUGCCUCCACCACCGUUGGAAUAUACGAGAGAGGUGUUUGCUUGUGCCUUUUUAUGUUCUAGUAUUGUUAUUUUCUAUUUAUGUCGUGUUGUAACUCGAUCUAUAUAUUAAUAAAAGGUUAUUUUUGUAUUUCCACUAUUUUCCUACUAGCUCCAGUAUCAGAUAGGUUUCAUCUCACAAUUCUACUUUUCUCUCAGAACAGCGGUCAUUGAAUAUAAAUUGUGGGGGACAUCAGGUGACUACUGGUGAUAACCUGAUAUUUGAGUCCGAUAACUAUGUAUCUGAAGGUGUCUCAACAUUUUAUAUGGGUACAAACUGGGCAGUUAGUAGCACUGGUGGUUUCCUGGAUUCUGGUGAUAAUAACAAUUUUAUAGCGAGAACUACACAGAAGCUUUCAAUGCCCGACUCUGAAUUGUAUGCAAAUGCACGAGUUUCACCGCUAUCUCUUAGCUAUUAUGGACUCUGCCUUAUAAAUGGCAACUAUAGUGUUAAGCUGCAUUUCGCGGAGAUAAUAAUCAUUGAUUACAAUGGGCAUAGCAGCCCUGGUAGGAGACUAUUUGAUGUUUACAUACAGGGAGAACUUGUUUUGAAAGACUUCAAUGUCAAAGCUGAGGCUAAUGGGUCAGGUAAAGCAGUUGUUAAGAAGUUUGAUGCAAUUGUUACACAGAAUAAAUUGGAGAUUCGGUUCCAUUGGGCUGGCAAAGGAACAACAAACAUCCCUACAAGUGGAACCUAUGGUCCUCUCGUAUCCGCUAUAUCUGUAGAUGCCAGUAAGUUAGUAUUUGAAUAAGAGCUAGUGGUGUUAAUUUGAAUUAAUUUCAUUGGACCUUCAUUGGUUCAUAAAUCAACACUAAUAUUGGGUACCAUCUUUCUUUAUUUGAUAUUCACGGAAACAGUUGGGACAAGGCUAAUAAAUGAUGAUGAUGCUGCCGACGAUAUUCUUUAUUUGGCAUUCAUUUAAAAAGUUUAUUGGGAUUUUUUUUUGGAAUAUUAUUUUCAUCCUCUUGAAACAGUAUAGUUG